UCAUUCACUUCAAAUCUUUCACUCCUUUCUCACCAGAAAGUUAAACCCUCUUAAUACAUAUCACAACUGCUCUCUCCCUGGAAAUGGACACUGUACUGUUUUUCUUCAGUCUUGCCGCUGCAACAUCUGCUUAUCUGCUAUGGUUUUGGCUGCUAGCAAGAACGCUCAACGGCCCCAAGGCUUGGCCGCUGGUCGGCAGCCUCCCUCAUCUAUUCAUGAACAGGAGGCGCAUCCAUGACUGGAUAGCCAGUAACCUCCGAGCCACGGGGCCUGCUGCGACAUACCAAACCUGCACAAUUGCCAUCCCCUUUUUCGCUUGUAAACAAGGCUUCUAUACGGUCACGUGUCACCCCAAAAACAUUGAGCAUAUUCUUCGAACCCGGUUCGAUAACUACCCGAAAGGCCCUACCUGGCAGACCGCCUUCCAUGAUCUGCUAGGGCAAGGUAUAUUCAACAGUGAUGGAGAAACAUGGCUGAUACAGAGAAAGACUGCUGCUCUUGAGUUCACUACUCGGACCCUUCGCCAAGCCAUGGCCCGGUGGGUGAACCGGACUAUUAGGACCCGUCUUUGGAUCAUCCUGGAGAAGGCUGCCAAACAUCACACCUCGGUCGACUUGCAAGACUUGUUGCUUCGUCUAACUUUUGACAACAUAUGUGGGCUGACAUUUGGUAAAGACCCGGAGACUCUAUCCCCAGAUUUACCUGAAAAUCCAUUCGCAAUUGCAUUUGAUUCCGCAACUGAAGCAACUCUCCAGCGAUUACUCUACCCGGGAUUUCUCUGGAGGUUGAAAAAAAUUCUAGACGUUGGGGCUGAAAAGAGGUUGAGAAAAAGCCUACAGAUUGUGGAAAACUACAUGACUGAGGCUCUGGAUGCCCGAAAAGAGACCCCAUCCGACGAUCUCUUGUCCCGGUUCAUGAAGAAGAGAGACGCUGAUGGGAACCUGUUUCCAUGCUCAGUCCUCAAGCGCAUUGCCCUCAACUUUGUUCUCGCCGGACGUGACACGUCCUCAGUCGCUCUCAGCUGGUUUUUCUGGCUCGUCAUGAACACAGCUCGUGUUGAAGAAAAGAUCAUCCAUGAAAUUUCUGCAGUUUUACAAGAAACUCGCGGCAAAGACACGGAUAAAUGGGUUGAAGAGCCUCUGACGUUUGAUGAAGCCGAUAGAUUGGUUUAUCUCAAAGCUGCCCUGGCUGAAACACUGCGUUUAUAUCCCUCGGUUCCGGAGGACUUCAAAUACGUCGUGUCAGAUGAUGUUUUGCCUGAUGGGACUGUUUUGCCGGCAGGUUCCACAGUCACAUAUUCCAUAUAUUCAGUUGGGAGGAUGAAGAGUAUUUGGGGCGAAGAUUGCUUAGAGUUUAAGCCCGAGCGAUGGCUCUCGCCCGGCGGGGAUCGGUUCGAGCCACCAAAGGAUGCGUAUAAGUUCGUGGCCUUCAAUGGUGGACCCAGGACCUGCUUAGGCAAAGACUUGGCUUACCUGCAAAUGAAGUCAGUAGCCUCUGCUGUGCUCCUCCGUUACAGACUUUCCUUGGUUCCUGGUCAUCGGGUGGAGCAGAAGAUGUCUUUGACUCUGUUCAUGAAGAAUGGGCUUAAAGUUUAUUUAAAGCCUCGCGAACUGGAUGCGCAACCAAAAGCUGCCGUGUCUGCAUAGACUAAUUAAGACGGUGUGGGACAUAAAUCAAGUGUGGGUUCGAAUUUUCCUCAAGAAGAAUGAUAUGUGGAAUGCGAUGAGGCGUGUGCUGAUAUCGAAGCAGUAUAAUGUUGGUCAUUUUUAACUUUGUUUCUACUCCUAAAAAAUGUUUGUUUUGUUUGGGUACUUGUUUACGAUACUGUUGUGCACAUAUGUAUUAGUAACUCCAAAGGUACAAUAAUUGCAUAUGAUUGUAUUUUAGUAGACAUUCAAUUUCCAGGGAUUUGGAUGGUCCGAUGUUGAACCCAAAUUUAGUUUGAAAAGAAAAAAGAUCAUAUUUUCUGUUA